AGUCCAACAUAUUCAUAUAAAAAAUUAUGAGGCUCAUCUUUAUAAUCUAUUCUUUAUGUCUUAUCGAUUCCGUUUUCUUACAGUGGGACUAGUAAAUGCACUGCCAUUCAUAGGAUUCGGAUUCCUAGAUAACUUCACCAUGAUUAUAGCGGGAGACUACAUCGAACAUACUCUGGGGCUGUUUAUGUGCAUCUCCACCAUGGCGGCGGCUGCCCUGGGGAACACCAUCAGCGACGUGAUUGGCAUCGGGUCGGCCUUCUACGUGGAAAAGCUGGCCGAGAUGAGCGGAGUGAAACCACCCAAACUGACGCCCAUUCAGCUCGAGAUGAAAUCCAGUCGGCGGGCGGCUAACAUGGGACGAGUAAUAGGAAUUACCAUCGGCUGUCUGCUGGGAAUGUGCCCGCUGAUGUUCAUGGAGAACGAGCCGAAAGAUGCGGACAAAAAAGACGACAAGGCCGCUGCAGCUGCUGCCCCGGUCGACGUCGUAGUCGCCGUGCAUGGUAAGUAGAUGGACUAAUCUCUGGUGAUAUCGCCGCAUCGCGCCGAAUGAUCGUCGCUGCCGCUGGGAGGCAGGAAUCUUCUCAAGUUUAGUCAAUUCUAAGAUAGCGCUAAUUAUACGAACUUUAACUGUGUGUGAGGACCGAGUCAUGCCGCGUCGAGAACGUUUAUGUUUGCAUGUUUGUGUUAUCUUAAACCGCGCGCCGGGAACGGGCCGAGCGCGUGAAUUUUAUUUAGACAAACCUUAACCGUGUAAAUAAUACCUAACGUUUAAUUCCUAAUGACGAUGGACGAAAGACAUAGAUGAAAUGAAUGAUGGAUGGCGAAGGAUAGGAACGCUUCGCCGCACGUGCUGAGUAUAACUCUCGUUAUUUACUUUCUACGCUAGUCUUUCACUGUAAGCGGAAUUCGACCGUGUAGUAGUAGGUAAUUAAAAAUAUCAAAUUUUGAUAUAUUAUAGCAAUCUUCUUGUUUUUUUCUCACAUUUGCUGCUCAAACAGUCGACAAUUUAGCUUCAUCAAUCACCACUGCUUAUGACUAACCGUUUUCUUACCAAGUUCUAUUCGAUACAUGCUGAAUAUGUUUGAAGCAGACGAGGAUGUACUUCUGUCGAUCAAUUAUUUCUAUAGAAAUUUAUAAAUGCAUUAUUCUACCAAAGUCGUUUGAAAUGCUUGUGGCACAUGCGACGUAAUGAGUGUUUUAAAUAAAUUUGAAAGUCAUGAGCCAGACUCACCCCACAGCGAAUUUUGUCAUUUGGGUGAUUUAUAUCAGUGUUCUGUACAAACAAUUACCCCAUUUCUCAUGAAAGAACAUACAAAUGAAGCAAAUCCAUCUAGAAAUCUUGUUUUUUUCCGCAUUUCUCAAAUACUCAAAUACCGAAAAGUCAGUAAUUCAGAAACUCAGUAGAAUUUUACCAAAAUCGAUAAUCAGCACGUUCUGAGUGUGUGUAUAAGCAGUGAAUAAAUUUCCGCAGCUAUUUUGACAAUGCUGCAAUCUGUGAUUGUCAUGACAAACCCACACUGUACUAUUAGUUUGUCCCAACUUGAACAGAAUUUGACAAAAGUCGUUUACCGCGUGAAAAACUAUCAUUAAACCACAUUAAACAGUUUCAAAUUUGUAUUCAUAUAAUAUUAUAUUUAUAAGUUGGAAAAGACGCAAUGCAUCUACCGUCAAGGCGCCAUUCACCGUGGGGGCUCUAUUCACCGUGUGCCUUUCCGAAUACAAAUUGAGGUGUAGCUAAGCAUUAGCAAACAACAUCAAUACACUUAGUACUGUCGUUUUAUGUUGUAGCUUUAAUGUAUUCUGACUUCAGCUUGACAUAUGAAAACAUGACAAUGCAUCUGACUUUAAUGUUACAUUAGCAUCUAACGUCAUACUAAUGUAAAACAAUGUGAAUAUGAGCAUCAAGAUACAUCAAAAAACGUUAGGAUCUGAUGUUACAUCAAAAUGCAACGUCAUGCUGAUGUAAAAGGACGUGCUCAUGAGCAUCAAGAUACAUCCGAAAACAUUAAGUUCUGAUGUUACAUCAAAUUGUAACGUCAUGCUGAUGUAUAAUGAUGCAAGUAUAAGCAUCAAGAAACAUUCAAAGACAUUAGGCUCUAAUGUUACAUUAAAAAGUAACGUCAUGUAAUGUAAACUGAUGUUCUCAUAAACAUCAAGAUACAUCUUAAAACGUUAGAUUCUAAUGUUACAUUAUGAGCUAAUGUUGUGCUGAUGUUGAACGAUGUACUCUUUAAAAAUCAAGGACAUUAGAUUCAGAUGUUCCUUGUUGUCUCCUCCAUCAGGAUUACAUUGUGAUUUAGAUGUGUUUAUGCAAGGUAGCAUACAUCAGAAAAUCAAAUGUUUUUGAUGUCAUAAACAACACCCAGAACAUCACAACCUGAUGUUUUCAGACAUUUCUUGAUUUGCAAAAACAUUAGAUUAGAACAUUUACACGGAAGGUUUUUGAUGUGCAAAAACAUGAGAUCAAAACGUUUUCUGAUGUAUGUUGAUGCAUGUAAACAUUAGAUAUAAACGAUAUUCUAAUGUUUCACGAUGUAAAAAACGUUACAUCUAGACGUUUUCAAAUGCAGAUACACCUGAAAACGUUGUGUUCUAAUGUUACAUUCUAACCUAACUUCGUACUGAUGUUGAAAGACGUAUUACAUUAUACGCCAACGUCAUGAUUAAGUAAAUUGAAGUACGUAAAAACAUCGAAAUAAACGUGGUGAUAUCAGAUUCUAACGUUGAACCACGAAGAUAUCAAUCGAUAACGAACUAGGUUCUCCUAUCAUCGAAAGGGAAGUGUCGGGUCAUGUAUUGCGCAUAUCAAAAAUUCUGAUAUGCAUUUUUUGAAGAGGGUUACCGGACCACAUGGUGACCCUCUUUGGGCCUAAAGUGCCCCUUUAGCAAACGGUAGAGACAACACUUAAAAAUUCAAGGUAACAUCUGAGGACCUUAGAAAAACGUCGGAAUAUAAUGUUUCUGUACAUGAACAAACAUUUGACAACGACUAGAUGUUACGUUUUUUACAUCGAAAAACAUUAGAAUAACGUUCGAAUCUAACGUUUACAUACAUCAACAUACAUCAGAAAACAUUUACAUCUAAUGUUUUUUCACAUCUAAAAACAUCUAAAAACAUCAGGUUCUGAUGUUCUGGGUAAUAUUCUUGACAUCAAAAAACGAUUGGUUUCCUGAUGUAUACAUUAAGUUACCUUGCAUAAACACAUCUAAAUCGCAAUGUAUUCUAACGUUCAACAUCAGAAAACAUUCAAAACAUCUGAGAACACCAGAAAUGCAUGCGAAUCAAAUGUUUCUGUGCGUCAAAAAACAUAUAAAAACGUCUAGAUUUAUCGUAUUAUACAUCGCAACACAUGCGAAAAAACGUUAGAAUGUAACGUUUUCGUACAUCAAUAUACAUCAGGAAACGUCUGAAUCUAAUGUUUUUUACAUCAACAUACAUCAGAAAAACGUUUGAAUCUUACGUUUUUGUACAUCAAAAAACAUCUGAAAACGUCAGGUUUUGAUGUUCCGGAUAAUAUUCUUGACAUCAUAACACAUUUGAUUUCCUGAUGUAUACAUUAUGUUACCUUGCAUAAACACAUCUAAAUCGUAAUGUAUUCUAAUGUUCAACGACAGAAGUACAUUAAAACUUGAUGUUGAUGUACACAUCAAAAUCAAAUGUCAGGCUAAUGCAAAUUUUUAUUCGAAUAAUGAAUUGAUUUUAUGGUUUUAUACGAAAGAGCACCUUUUUCUGAGCCACUAUGAUUUUUUUCAGAUUUUUUGAACUUCAUUUUGAUACCUAAAAUCAAUUACAAAGAGAUUUUUUUGAAAUCACCUUUUGACAGCUGGGCAACUGCUUGACAUGACAGCUCCGCCCAAUACAAAAUGCGACAAGGGGUGAUCUGACAAAUCGUUUCCAUACAAAACUUCAAACUGAUUUUUCCCGGUCGCAAAAACUCGUGAAAAUUUGGAUUUCCGCUUAGUUUGGCAUGCAGUUUCAGAAUAUGGAAUUAUCAUAACACCGUUAAAGAAGCCAAUUAUGUAGAUCAAUUUUUGUAGUAUACCCAAGAUAUCUUUUUUUGUCGUUGGUUUUUUUUUUUCAAUGAACUUUUUGAAGUUUUAGAUUUGUGCUCCUGAAAUCUUGAAAUUGGGGGGAGUUCGGGAAUGCUUGCCCUUGACGUUUCCGUCUGCGCGAAAAUCUACCUGAUCGUACUUAGAAAUCCUCUACAUACUAUACUAUCCCCACUCGCAUAUCAGUCCCAUUUGAUUUUUCAUCACUUUUGAGUUAACGUUAUGGAUAGACAUCAUUUUUAACGUUCUUUUAAAACCCAUAAUACAAAUUGUUAAUUUUUAUGUAUAUGUGCGAAAAAAACACCAAAUCAUUAGCGUCCCAUAUUGAAAGUACACGCAUAACAGUCCCAUCACAAAUUUGUGUACCCUAUAAUACAAAAAUGAACAAUGUUGUAGUCAACGUAAUAUUUUUCACAGUUACAUAUCCCUUUCAUGACGAACCAGCACAAUUGUGUUGCUGAGCGGUAACAGUUUUACAUAUUUUUUUUUAUAUGUGAUGUAAACUGUUUCAAUAAUUCAGCCAUUACUUAUACUUGUAUGUGCGCAAACAAACUUUUGUUUACUUUGCCUGUGAAAUUUAAACUAAGUAUACAAAAAGUGGGCAAAACCCGUAAAACAUGAAAAAGUUUUAUCUGUCGCAUAUUUUUUAUUUCCGAUUUAUCCAGGUGGUCAAAGCUAGAAAUCGAAAGAUAAAGAGUAGUUUUAUCAAAUGAGGUAAAACAGGGUAAUUUGUCAAUUGUUGCACGGCUAAAAACUCGCCUAUUGUUGCACACUCCAUGCUUUUCUUAUGGGGUGUGCAAUAAUUGGCGAAUUUUUAGCCGUGCAACAAUUGGCGAUUUACCCUAAUUGAUGCUUUUUAGUGAAAUAUAAGAGUUCUAGAGAGCCAAAGUUGAGCAAUUUGUAUGGAAAUUUCACUUUGUUGCGCUCCGUCUCGAAAGGGAUAUGUAUUGUGAUCCAAAGCAAUCUGGUAAAGUUUUGAGAUGAUCGAAAUAUUUUCCAAGUUAUGACGAUUAUUACACGCAGACGAGUGCACUUCGACAGCACAAAGAUGGGUGCCGAAGUGAUUUCCCAUUUGAUUUUGCUGAAAGUUCGGCACUGGUGCCGAGAAUUGGCGCUCGACUAGAUUCAGUAAACUCCUUCAAAAGCAACUUUCCCACAGAAAAUCUUCACAACACUCACUGUUAACAACUAGUUCACGCAAUAAGGUAUCUGAUUAGGGUGGAAGAAGUGGACAAAAAUGGUCGUUUCGUUGUGAAUUUAGGUAAUGUACAAUUUUGAUUACAUGUUGUGCCGGGAAGGGGGUCAGAAACCCUACAUAUAUGAAAACAAGUUGUCAAACUUCCAACACUGUUUUCUCAAUUCCUACUUUUUACAAAUGGGACUGGUAUGCGAGGGGGGGCAGUAUAGUGAAGAAUUACUAAUCGUACUAGGACACACUCAGAGUUGUAUGCCUGUUAUUAUGACACGAGCACGAGACCUGGUGCGUUAAUAUUCAACAAUGAAUCACUCAUUACGUUGUCGUCUAGUUUCAUUUCUAAUAACUUUCUAAUUGAAUAUAGUUCAAGGUAGGCGGUUUUCUAUUGAAAUAGUCUUCGUUGUUUUAAAUGUCUUGUUAUUAAGCGUUGGUGAUGUAUUAAAUACAAUUACAGAUAAUGUUUUCAAAAUGUUCUGUAUUUAUCAGUACAGUUUUUGCUGUCCGUCUAAUACAUUGCAUAAACAGUUACCAAUUAUAGACAGAAGGAAGCUGAUUGAUUGUUAGAGCACUUAUGGGUCCACCAAAAAUAGAAACUGAAAUUUGUAGCUCACACUAGGUGAGAAUCGAUCCAAUACAAUACCAUAGCCAUACAUACCAUGCUCGUAGAAUAUAGUAAGCAAACGAAUUUCAAAUAUCGUCCAAACAGGUUAGUCGUUUAGAAUACAUGUCCUCUAUAAAAUAGAUGUAAGUAUUAAAGUCAAACCAGAAGAAACAAUUAUAUAGUAAAUGGUAACCCCUGUAGCGAUGCAAUCGCCCCUGCACAAUAAAAGUCAUCCACCGAAAUGGGAUGAAACGUACAAAUCACAUCCUUUAACAUUCUUCACGUCCAUAAAUCGAAUCGUGCAACGGUUGUAACUAUUCCCAUUUCAAACGCUAUUUGUCAUGAGACCGUUGUGCCAGUACGGCAGUACAAGGAUUUCAUUGGUUUCAAACAAUAUCAAAACUAUUAAUCUCGAGGCACUUGUACCGCAGUACAGCAUCACACGGAUUUGUCUUUAACACAACCUUCCGCCCCAGCUGCCUGUCCACGAAGUAGGAAAACAAAUUAAUUCCCUCAACUGGGAUUGAAGGUGCUUUCAAUUACAACGCUCGUUAUUACUUUGAUUUAAAUUUAUUACUGCUGGUCUCUGAAGCGGGAAUUGAAAACACCACCUAACAAGUGGUUUUGUUUCCCUGUUCCAAUAAUAACUAUAACUACAACUAUUAUAAAUGAGUGUAAUGGUACACACAAUCACCAAUUCUAACAGAAAAAAAAACUUCUUCCCAGUCUUAUAGAAUGCCCUGCCUUAAAAGAAAUCCCUGAUGCUUUCAAACUGUUGAGAAAAGAAAACUUUUACUCUAGUAUUACCGUGUUGAAUAAAAGAGAGAAAGAAAUUCCAGAAAUGUUUAACAGCAAAGCAACUUGAAACUACCAAUCAUUCUACGAGAGUUGCAUACUCUCAACGAGGUGGGGGAACUUUGAACAGUGCGCCUCCAAACUAUAAGUGUUACUAUUUUUUCUGCAACAAAGUUUAUCUCUUUCGAAUGUUUAGAAACUCGUUGAUAGGAGUCGAUAAGUAGCAAUUUCUGACGAAAUGUAUAACAUUGACGCGAAAAAAAAAACACUAACGUAGAAUACCAAAACUAGUAGAUUAUAGGGUAACCAAACAGCAACAACAAAAGAACAUCGAUAGAGCAACUAUUAAUAUGUAGCGGAAAUUCGAAUGCAUCAAAUAUCUAUGAUAAGAAAUAAGUAUAAUCCAAAACUGACGGCUCUUCCAUGACAAAUCAACAACUAUUCGAUAGCAAAAAAAAUAUGACAUAGAAAACCCACAGCGGUUGGGCGUAAAUCAAACAGCAACCAAAUAGAAGCAAGCAACUUAACUAUCUUACAUAUUCAAAUCGCGCGGUAUGCAGGAAAUGAAUAUUUGAACAAAAAAAGCUAAUCAUACAUGCGAUCAACUGAUCAACCAUCACAGUAAAUGAAAGUAAUAUAGAAAAUCAUCAAAUACUAAAUGAAAAUGAACUCGUAGCGGUAAGCUGAUUUUAAACUGAUGAAAACAGGAAACACAAUUUCGAAAUAUGAAAAUCCUAAUAAGACAAUGAUCCGAACGAA